UUAAAAGUUAGUUGUUAAUUGUUCGUAAAGUUAGUUGUUAAUUAUGUCUGUAUCGAAAAGAAGUCGUUCUGUGAAUUUCACGAAAGAGGAGAAACUUUUACUCAUUAAGGAAGUCUAUAAGUAUAAGUCAAUUAUAAAAUAUAAAACGACAAAUAAACUAAAUUGGAAUGAAAAGUUAGCACCGAGUAACGAAUAUUUCAGUGAAAAUGAACCACCUAGUGAGUUGACAACAACUCUACAACUCCAUCAAAAUUCUGAUGAACCGAAUCCUGAACUUAGUACUGGGAUUGACGACAAUGUAGACAAUGCUGUCUACCCGAUUUUAACUCCAGUAAUAUACAGUGACAUCAUCACAUCUGCUGGACUCGAGCUGUCUAGUGAUGAAAAUAGUAAUAUAGGAAAAGUUGUUCAAGAGAAUUUUAAUCCAGAACCGUCCACCAAUACAGUGACACCUGGUAAAAACUGCGCAAGUGUUUUUACUACAGACUCGAACAAUGAUUCAAUUCCAUCUAGCUCAUCUACCGAUCUUAAACGUUCUCCAGCUGAAAAAAUUUAUCCAGGUUUAACAAGAAUACGAAAGAGGAUUGCAGACUUCUCAAAAAACAAGUGUCAGGAAAAUGCUUGGAAAAAAAUUGUGGCUAAUUUUAAUGCCAAAAAUUUUCAUAAAAGGACACUGGAUCAAGUACGGGCCAAAUAUGAUAACAUUAAGAGCACGGCGAGAAAGGAAGUUGCCAAGUUAAGAUGCUAUCAAGGGGGGACUGGUGGCGGCCUAUGCACCAGUUUUCAUUUAGACACCAGUACAGAUGCUGUACUGGAUUUGAUGAAUGUGACGGGUUUGAAUGCAGAAUUUGAUUCUGAUUCUAUUGAAAUCAAUAAAAUCUUAAUUGUUGAAGAAUCGUCAACAAUAUCAAAAGAUGAAUUUGAACAUAGUGAUAACAAUACAGACUCCAAAAUUACUUUAGAAGUACUUGAACAGGAUUCACCCAGAAAAAACUGGAACAAGUAUGUUCGUGAAAAAUAA